UCCAAGGAGGAAAGGCCAUCCAAACUCAAGCCCUGCAUUGGACAUUGACCCCAUCAAGGCUGAAGCAAUGAAUGAUCUGUUUUCUAGUUCAUUCAAGAAAUAUUCAGAUCUCAAGCAACAAGUUCACUUGGAUGACGUAGAGGCUGGGGAAGAGACAGUGAACCUAGAUAACUUUUUUGAAGAUGUAGACAAUGUGAAGGACGAUAUGAGAGUGGUUGAGAAGAUUUACAACAGGCUGCAAGAAUCAAAUGAAGAGACCAAAACGGCUCACAGUGCUAAAGCCAUGAAGGAUCUUCGAGCUCGAAUGGACUCGGAUGUUAAGCAGCUCCUGAAACGGGUCAAAGUCAUAAAGGGGAAACUCGAAGCACUUGAAAAAUCAAAUGCGGCUCAUCAGAAACUUCCAGGAUCCGGUCCUGGAUCAUCUGCUUAUAGAACCAGGACAUCCCUAGUGAGCGGCUUAGGCAGUAAACUAAAGGAUAUGAUGGAUGAUUUUCAAGGGUUAAGAGCCAAAAUGACAGCAGAAUACAAAGAAACAGUGGAGAGAAGAUACUUCACAGUAACAGGACAGAAAGCAGAUGAAGAAAUGAUCGAAAACCUGAUAGAAAGGGGAGAAAGUGAAACAUUGUUUGAAAAGGCAAUUCAAGAACAAGGGCGAGAGCAGAUUGUGGAUACAAUUUCAGAGAUACAAGAGAGGCACGAUGCUAUUCAGGAAAUUGAGAAGGGGUUGAUUGAGCUUCACCAACUAUUCCUAGACAUGGCAGUCUUGGUGGAGGCACAGGGAUACCAACUGAAUGACAUCGAGAGCCACGUGGCUCGUGCUAGUUCUUUUGUCAUGAGAGGGGCUGACCAACUGGAGUUAGCCAAGGAAUAUCAGAAGAGCUCAAAGAAAUGGGGUUGCAUUGCCCUUGCUAUUGCCGUCUUUCUCCUUGUUAUCAUCUUGUUUCCCGUUUUAUCAUCAACCUUAAUGAAGAACGCAUAAAAUUCUGGAGGGUCCUCGUGAAAAUAAAAUCAAUGCUUUUUAUAUGGAUUUGAAGAACCUAAAAAGCAGGACACCAAUUUUUGA